UUCCGCUAGAGCUUUUGAGCUGCAUGAAGAAAUGUCAAGUUGCUCCUCAGAAAAUUAGUAGAAUAGUUUCAUUGGCCUUCGUCAAUGGGACAAACGCUCCAGUGUAUGCGUUACAGUUACUGGGAAGCUAGCAUUUUUGCUUGUCAUGGAAUCAAGUCUAUUUGUUCGAAUGUUCUUUUUUUGGAAAAACCAACCACAAAAAAAGUCUCCCUUUCUCUUGGAGCAGAGCUUCAUCAUAAAGUGGAGAGUCACAAUGAGAUUUAGUGGAAUGGAUAUGAAGGGUAUAAAUAUGCUAUUUGCUGCUAUUCCAUCUAUUUGUGCAUCAAGUCCGAAGAAGAUCUCAAUCUAUAAUGAAGAAAUGAUAGUAGCUCGUUGUUUUAUAGGCUUUCUCAUAUUAAGUCGGAAGAGUUUAGGUAAGACUUUCAAAGAAACUCUCGACGGGAGAAUCGAGUCUAUUCAGGAAUCAUUGCAGCAAUUCUUCAAUCCUAACGAAGUCAUUCUGGAGGAAUCCAAUGAACAACAACGAUUACUUAAUCUACGGAUCAGCUUGCGAAUUUGCAGCACCGUAAAAGUAGUAGAAUCAUUACCAGCGGCACGCUGUGCGCCUAAGUGCGAAAAGACAGUGCAAGCUUUGUUAUGCCGAAACCUAAAUGUCAAGUCAGCAACACUUCUAAAUGCCACUUCUUCCCGUCGCAUCCGUCUUCAGGACGAUAUAGUCACAGGUUUUCACUUUUCAGUGAGUGAAAGAUUAGUAUCCGGGUCUACAACUUUGGUAGAAGCUUCUACCGUAGAACAAAUUCGAGAGGCCUUCUUAUUAGAACCCAGAGACCUAAUUCGAGAAGGCUUUAUAGUCCUCAGAAAGGUGAGGGUGGGGGGUAUCCCCGGGACCUGUGGAGACGGGGUGGGCCUGUAGCUCUGAGGAUUAGAGCACGUGGCUACGAACCACGGUGUCGGGGGUUCGAAUCCACUUCUGAGCGGGGCUGGCGGCUCCACCGGGAGCGAGCCUACUGAAGGAAAGUUUUAUUGUUGAACUUCUUAUCCAAUAUUUAUCUUUUGUUUGGAAAAACCAAACCCACAAUCUUUAAGUCUCCCUUUCUCUUUUGGGAGCAGAGCUUCAAAAUCAAUCAAUCUUUUCCAUGAUCGAGUUUCUUCAUUAUGUGUACCAGACAGCGACGGAUAAUGCUAAGUUUUUUUCUAUAUUACUGAGUAUAAGUGUCGUUGCCUCUAUCUACCUACUACAAAUACUCCGCAAUUAUGUGCGGAUUCUAAAAUUAGUGGAGGAAAAUAAUAGAAAAGAGGGUAAACUGUUGGGGCUCUGCGUGGUACAUGAGUUUACCUACUCAUGGAGAAGAGGAGUCACCCUAAGACCCAUUCAUUUUGGCUCGAAAGAGCAAAAGUGCGGAGUAAAAGAAAAAGAAUCGGAAGGAGAAGUGUGAUAAGCUUUGAAUGGGAUGGAUAGUCAAGAAAAAAGGCACCUAAUCUUUACCGUCUCCACUGAGAUUUCAGACCAGAAAGGAGUAGACUCUAGUUUCAAUUGCGUAUAGAAAGAGAUUCGUCUUGUAAGAGCGAGCAGGUUGAAGCGCUUAGGCUACUUCAGCUAUAUGCUUAACACAUGCAAAUCUAACGAAGUGCUCCUGGACGACUUCCCGUAAAUAACCUAGUUCAUCUCUUCGGCGAUCCUUGAAAACAGCAAUUAGUCUUUCUUCCUUACUUGUGAAUUCGUACCUGUAAUCUUCACUUCCUAGGGUAGAUAGACAUACUUCCUGCUAAGAUGGAUGGCUUUCUUUGUUGCACCUCCACUUGAAAGACGGCUGUCAACUUCAACUCUUUGAGGGAUUUGCUUUCUCCUGACCCUCAAAAUGGCGUUGCAGUUGAUACUUUCGAUAGCUUUGAUCCUCUCUUGCACGAUACUUUCCAGAAAAGAAAACCCAAGUUUAUGAUGCCUCACAUGGUCUGGUAUCCCCCAACUCUACUCAAGGUGGUUAAGAAGCAAGGCAUUCAAGUCCAAGAAAUUGAGAGCGCGGUGACUACCUGACGAACCCGAAGUUGACUAAAAAGAAGGGGCAAUUGUCAAUGUCUCACCUCAGGAGCAGAAAGCAUACUAUGGUGGAAGAUCCCAUUGAGUUCAUUAUUGAAGAUCUGACCGUCGCUACGAGACUUCCGUUCUAAAACAGCCUGGACGAGGCUCUACCUAAUUGCUAGAAAGUAAGAAAGUAUAGGGUCCAAAUUGGAUAAAGAAGCACUACGCUUUGCAAGGGCGCCAACCACUAGGUUGUAACGACCAGAACAAGAUUCAGUUUGUGUUCAGUCCAUUGGGCAUGGGUAUCCUCCUGACUAAAACGAUUCAAAUCCGUAAGUUCCGCCCUAAGGUGACCAAUCUUUUUAUUCUUUCUCCUAGUAUGUUGUUUCAAGAACACUGGACUGUCACUCUAUUGGCGAGAGAAGAGGAGGACUUAUAAGCAGCUUUCCUCCCCAACCACAUUAAGCAUUUUGAUUCACUUUUAGAUUCCAGUGAACCCAACAAUAGUGGCACUCCGUUCCCGACAUAGUCUAGUACCGACUUCACACAAGUUCAAAAGAGGUAAGAGUGGUGUCACACAAGUGCAAUUCCAGAAACAAACAGUAGUGUCGACUUAGGAAGCAGCCCUGAGCAUUGGAUCACAGGCGCAGGUACCGGAAAUAGCAGUUCUAUCGACUGAAGACCAACCUCCCUACCGAUAGUAACUGAUCAACUUACUUACUCGAAAGACAGACAGCUGCACUGCACUCCUUGUAGCGACUAUAGUGGCGCCUAGCUUUUGUUUCCACACUUAAGAUCCCAAGCUCCAAGGGAUGGGAUGGCUGAGAUGAGUUCGCAUAACCUACUCCGGUUAGUUCGGAUGAUCCGAUAUGAUGGCAAAACUCCUACCUGCUAUGGCAGCCUCUACGCUGUGGAUUAUUGCGAGAUAACUUCUAUCUCGUACUUAGAGCAGACGGAGAACCCCACUUUGAAACUUCAUUCAAUUGGCAUUCGCACUCAACUGCUUUCCAUUUUCUUGAACAUGGGAACCGGCACUAUUCGAAUCAGUUCGUUAACUCGAGUUACACUACGAACAGAGUGCUGCCGUUGAUUGAUUGCAAAAGUCUGAUUCCCUAGUGGCACUUGCUUGUUAGCUGAACUUAUCUUUUCUUUCCGGCGAAGGGAAACAUGGAUCAGUUGCUGCUGCCGUAAGAAUCCGUAUUUUGGGAUCUGCAGACGCAAGAGGAGCGUGCUAAUAGAAUCGAAUACUACUUGCGAAACGGAACUCAGAUGACUUGAUCUUGAUAUUUAAGUAUGUAAUUUCGAGAAGCGGAGGGAAUAGGCCCUUUAAGUUAAGCCCAGAAAGCACCUACUCUGGAAUGCCUUGGAAAUAUGCUCACUCAGUUGUGAGAACAGUCUUUCGUUUCGAACAAGUGAAUACGGACUUCCGGAUUGGGAGAUCGGAACUGUCCUUUGGGGUAGUGCGCCAGAAGAUACCCGGCCUUUUUUAGCGUGGAAUAGGAGCAGUUGUCAAAGAAUCUCUUCUCUAGCGAGGAAUAGGAGAUCAGUCGUAUUCUCGUUCUAGGAAAGGCGUAUUAUCGUUCUAGUGCAGCAGGCUAUUCAUUCUAAGAUAAGAGUCAAGCUACCCAAUUAGAGGAAGGGACUUCCGUCAAGAGUAAAGCGAAUCGUUCUAGGAAUGCUACUCCUUCCUUUUCUCGGUCGUAUUAUCGUUCUGGGAAACGCAGAGUUGUUGUUGAUGGCAUUGGCUAUUUGCAGUAGAAAUGGGGGAAGCAAGCAGUUCUUGGAUUGGCCUAACCCCCAGAGGGCUUUCCUUCAAACUUCACUAGACGACUCCCCAUAUUCUACUGUGCAGUCAACUCGUUUCAUUUUCUUUCAUUUCACCCCAUCUAAGUAAGGGCUUAUUUUCCCUCUGAAAAACAAACAAGAAAAACCAUCAAAAACGAUGAAAAAAGACAGAAAAACGAGACAUAUUUGCACCUUUUCCGCACUGAGGAAAAUCGUAGAACAAUCUCCCUUUUCUUUGUCCGGUUAAAAAAGAAAGAUAGGAUAAGAUAGGAAUAUAGGUACUAUGAGUAUGAGACGGACAGUAUGAGUGAGUGGAAGGAUGGAGGUCCUACCACGAACGGAAGUAAGAACCAAGGAAAGAGAGUGCGGGGCCUUCCGUUCCUACUGUACAAUCUAAAGAUCCGUCCUGUUGCGAUGCGAGGAAUAACAUAAAUAUCAGUUCAAUCACAAACACCGAGCUGCCACAUACUUCUCUUGUUUAUCGACCGGAGGGGAGGUUACCUACUAUAGCGAGAGCGAGCGGCAGAAGCAGAAGAGAAGCAGAUCCUUAUACGAUUCUAGAAACUGGCACUGGUACCUCCUCCUCCAAGAGGAACUUGGUAAUCUAGGGCGGGCCGCAUAACUAGUAAAGUGCAUUUGCCUAUACCACAGGACAGGGGUAGAAACUGAAGUAGAAGAGUGCAGAGUGCCAACCAGUUCACCACUUUGGUUUAGAAUUUAGGUUUCCCAGAAGAGAAGGAUUUCUAUUUGAUGGACCUGUAAAAAGUGUCCUUGCCAUGAUAAGACGCAGGAAACGACCCACCUACCGCUAGGAAUGACUCUCCCCCCAUGCAUGCCCAUGGGACUCUCUUUAGCUGCCUGUUUCAAAAUCCGAUUAAGUGGUUCUAAGGAAUGGAUUGCGAAGGAAAAUAAAUAUCGAUAUCGGGGACGAGGGCUCUGCUCACCACUGUGAUUGGGCUUCAAUUUCCUCUUUUUACUCAAAUAUAUCCAUAGCUUCAUUCCUUCCUUGCAAGGUUCUUUUUCAACACAGGAUUUCGUCUUGCUUUCCGUUUCUAUCCCCUCGGAAUACUGCUUAGAUCAGGCUGUAGGUACCGGGCUCACUCACUCAACCAGGGAAGACCACAUUGCUUAAAACUAAAGAGAAGGACGUGAUGUCUUUCGGAAGCGCCGGCCACCAUGAACACGAUAUUGGCUCCGCACUAGAUUUCUCAAUAGCUACAUAGUUCAAAAGUAGACAGUAUGGAUCUUCUUGUUCGGUCCUAGAGAAAAGGUCCUUUCGAAAGAAAAGAGGAAGGUCCAAUGGCUCAAAUUCUAUGACCCAGAUCCUGAGGCGGAGAAUUCUUUAGAGGCUCCAAACUUGAGAAGUGGAACCGCUACCUAACCCAGCUCAGGUUUCUGAAGUGCCUGCAGCAUAAAUCAGUGAACAGGUUGGAUGUGCAAUCUAGCCGAUUGCCUAUUGCUUUCCAUCAAGCAACUAAUUGAAAUAGAAGGCAAGAGCUCCAGUUCCAGUUCCUGUUGGGCAAGGGGGAUAGUACAAUCUACGGGACAAGCCCGGUUUAUUUAGACCUAUUUCUCUGAACUGAACCGACAGAAAUUUGAUACUGCUUGCUACCGCCUAACAAGAACAUAUAACUUUCCGAUGGAAACUAGACCAACGCUUGGAUCAAGAGAAGUGCCAGCUGGGUCUCAGGUAUCCAGCGCCGGUUGUUAGGGAGAUUAGUCGGCAGGCUUAUCAGAUUGUGUGUGCAUCUAUCCUUUCCUAAAGCUUCCCUCUACCCCUGAAACUCGAAUCCCUCUUUGGCAUAGGAAUAGGAGCUGGUCAGUAGUAAGCAUUUCUGGUUCCUUGUCUCUUUUGUGUGAGUGUUAGUCUAUUUCCAUUUCCCAUCCAUUCACCCGGAAGGGAACAGAACCGCUUUUCAUUCACCACUGCUUUCCUACCAACAAGAGAAGAGAAGAUAUUCUCUGGCACUAUCGCAUCACGCGUUGCUGAAGAUGAAGAGCAGACAAGAGAUAUUUUCUUCACUACCGAACCGAUUCGCAGUUGACUUCCUUCGGCCCUUGAUCUCGUUCCAAGAGAUUUGAUUCCUGUAAGGGUGCCGGUACUUAUUCCCGGCAGGCGGAAGGAUCCCUUUUGAGUGCCAGUGCUGCUCACUAUGGGCCAAAACCAGCCUUUUUCUUUCGUCAGCAAACACCAUCUGAGUUCAUGGUAGGUGAUAUCGAAACGCUUCCCUAUCAAAUAGGUAAGGAACUAGGGACCAGAGUAAGGGAUCUAUUGAUCAAGGUCAUGUCACCUCACCGUUGACAAUCUGUGUCCAAACCGGAUGGAAUAGAGGACAUAUCCAGAACAGGAAGGAUCUCCUAUUACUAGGGACUAGGGAAAAAGAGAAAGAGAAAGACAAGUCUAUUUGCUUGGAUGCCGGUUAUAGGACUAGUAAAGUCAAGGAUGGAAACUAUAACGUAUCCAUUUCUGAUUGUGGUUGGAUCCCUGGGUGGUGCUGGUAAAGAAUACUCAUAUCGCUCUAAGACAUACCAUGUUUAUAGCUAUCUUAGGCGCUAGUCUAGUAUAGUAAAUGCGGCGGUAAUGAUGAUUUCUACUCAGCUCUGGCAAGAGUUUCUAUUUCGAAGGGAAUAGGUCUAGAGUAACUAGAAUACCAGGCCAACUCUUUGAACAGAACGGAAAGAGAGUCCACUUCUGCAUGGAUCCUUCAUUUCCGGAACAAGGAAGCUGGGCGUAGACCCGUUACUUCUUACUUUACUACGGUGGAGGGGAUGCCAUGAUUCCAAUGCGUAUUGACUAGGUCGUAAGAGAACUACUUGAGCUCUAAUACUUUGAUCCUCCUAUAGGACUCGAAACCAGUCUACGCCCUUGCCCUGUAGGAAACUAGACUCGCUAGUAAAGAGGAGGCGGAUGCUUCGCUUUAGGCUUGGCUUGAGCUUCCGUUUAUUGGAAAAGUGCCGUAGCUCUAGUUGGGAAACAUUUCCAUUCCUGUCUUCAACUGAACCCUGGCCAGUUCCCUGAGCAGAUCCAUUAGCAUAGCAACAAAGGGUUGUUUUCUAUCACGACAGAUUCGCCUAUUCCUCGCAUCACAACAAGACAGACGUAUCUCUUGCCAGGUCCUUUUCUGGAUCUCAUUCCAGGCCAGUUGGGAAGAGGAUUCGCCAGACCUUGGUUUGGUUUUAUGUAAAAUUGGAAUCGUGGCCAUAAUCAGGUAUGGCACAUUAUGAAGUAACUGGAAUGGGAAUGGGGUCUUACUUCGAAUUGGACACGGACGCACUAUUGGAUUUCCUUUUCUGAAGGCUAGGGCUAUAUCCAUUAGUAUCAAAUGCCUUAAUUGCUUUAUUUCUUUCUUUGGUUUAGGCGUUCCAUUGCCUCAAUCUUCACCAUUGGUACAAGAUCCCCUCAAGAACUGCUCUUUUCAGAACGUUCAAUCUGAGUAGAGGCUGAGCCACACAUCAUCUCACCCAUUGGGGACUUUUACUUCCUCUUCAGGCCUUGUAGUGAUUUAUGUGAAAAAGUGGAAAUUCAAUUUCCAUUAGCCACCACUACUAUCAUGGGUACAGUCUGUGUAAUCUUGCAUUGUUCCUAGCUAUGCUUUGUAUCUUCGAAUACACUUGACUAGAGCUUGCUUGUGGAUCGAAUAUUUCAAAGAACGAAUACUUCCGCAUAUGCCGACGGCGAAAGCAAUCUCCUAGUGUCUAGUGUUCGUGGUCUCGACCUAUUUUCCAUUGGUAGAAGCCUGCCGUUUCUAUCAAAGCUUUUCCAACAAAGAAGAAGCCCCAUAUUGCAGCUGAAAGAACUUACCACCCGGCACCUAAUGAUACACGUACGUAGGUUAUGCCUCUAAUAGUAUUUCCAACCACCAGGUCCGCUUGAGAUUAAUAAGAUUUGGGCAGAUGGGGGGGCUUUAAAAGCUUAGAAGCUGAUCCCAUCCCACACUUAGAAUGAAUAGUGCACUCUCCUCUCGUGGCUGUUGCCGAUCGCUUGAUUGAGAAGCAGCCCUCGACUCGGUCUACAACUCUAAGAUCUCAGGAUUGGCACUCUUGAGGGCGGACACCGGCCUAAACUCCUUCUGUUGAACCCCUGGAGAGGAGGGACCUCAGGAACAUAAACAUAAAACAGUGGCUUUCGGAAGCAAAGGUUGACCUCUUCGCGGCAUUACUCUUUGGCACUAUACUCGUAUCCGUGUCCUGGUAGAAGAUAGAUCUCAGUCAUGGCUAGAGGAAUGUGAUCCGUUGUGGAAAGGCAAUAUAUUUUUGAUUUCAAGCACAGGCGCAAGUAUGCCACUUAGGGGGAGUAAGCACAGCUCGUCGUAGGAUAGCAAUCCACAUAAAAGAGAGAAGUAGUUUAAGUUGAUGCCAGUGUGGGUAAACGAACUCUUUAGCCGGAUCUGGAGAUGGCGACUAGCGCAUAAGCCUGCUGACUAAACGAGCUGUUCUGGACUGGAUACGAGACUGACUCCCCAGAGACCGGGGAUCACUGAACCCUAUUAUUCCAAGCAUGGGCUUUAGCGGAGAAAGGUGCUGCUCUAAUGGCGAACCAAACAGCUUCAAAGCUCCGAGGGAAGAAAGAUUUGACCCCCAUUGAAACCUGUCUUUGAAAGGUGAUACGAGCACAGAAAUGUAGAUAGCCCUCUAGUCCGGAUGGAUGGCAGUCUCUAUCUAGUACGAGAUUCCACUGGUUCACAUCAUUCACUAAUCGAAAACUUACGUUCAGAUUACGUUCUGCAUGAAUGCUUGCUCAAACCUCUAAGUGCUCGUACCUGGCCCAGACCUAACAAGUGCCACAGUUCUUAAGUAUAGCGGAUCUCAUAUCGGGCAGUCAAGCAUUUCUCUAGUCUGGUUCAGAAGCCGCACCGUUGGCCAAUACCUCUAGCAAAGAUCGAGUGAGUUCGUUCUCACCUUUUUGAUGGGAACUCCUUGCUUGAGUUCCGUCGACACCAAAAAGUAUUGAAUAGCGCUGACACUCCUUCCUAUAUUCCUCUCUGGCAAGUCCACGGCAUCAAUCAAUACGAGUGAGAAGUGAAAACCUCGCUCACAAGCACGGGUGUCGAACUCUAGUCUAGAUCAGUGCCAGUGCGGCACUACGAGUCAAGGUGCCGGAUGAUUGAUCGAGGGAAGAAACCCCGUAUUUUUGCCCUACCUCUGGAAACCCGAAUCCAGUUUUCGAAAAGAAAGAAAGUUUUGCCGUGAUUUUUGCUUAGGAAGUGAGUAGACGUAUAAUGUACCGGCAUCUUCCACUGCUACGUAUCCUCAACCCAGAGGGAGGUCUAAUUAUUCCUCCCUCUGGGAUCAAAUAAAUGUCUUCCAACCCCCACAUGGAAUAGGGCUCUGAGACGCACCACAGAGCACGUAGCAGCGACUUUGAAGGUUUCGAGUCCGAUACCAUACCCUAAAAAGAAUAAGAAGAGCCUUUCUGCUUCAAUCGGCAGGGCUUCAGGAGUGGACUUGAGACGAAAACCUCGGUCAAAUGCGCCAUAGUUGAGAUAGAAUGGCAUUUACCCGUGUUCAAGAAAAUGGAAGUUUAUUUAGAGGGUUGUCGCUUUGAUCGAUAGUGCUAGGCUGCUUAAGACUAAGACCGGCGUAUUUCAUAAGAUUUCCUAAAGUUGGUUUAUAGGGUCUGGGCCUAAAGAAGCAUGGAUGCCUGGAAUUGCUAUUUCCAAUCUCAAGUCAUAUUUGCAUUUGCGCUGAAGAUUUGCGUAGGAAAGGUGGCCAGUCUCCUCCGACUCAAAAGCCCAAAGGAACUUAUUUUCCAUGCCCGGUAUCGAGAACCUUCUCUGCCUUUUCCAUGCCCGGUAUCGAGAACCCUCUCUCCCUACGACCUUCUUUCAGGGAUGCGUCUUCCUUGAAUUGAAUUGAACGGCACUUCGGAACUUGUGAAAUACUUUCUUAUCGCCAGGGCUCAGUUUAUUCGAGUAUUUGUGUUGGUCCGCACUCCUAUCUCCUAUCUACAGCUACCGCUAUCAAUUCCUAUUCCCAGUUUGUUUCCUCUAUCCCUUCCUAAAGUGGCAGAAGCAUUCGAGUAAGAGAUCGGCAUCACACUAGUGAAAGUCAAGUAACGGAAAAGCAUCUCCUAAA